GUUUUCUCCUGCCUCGUGGCGCCUGCUGGGCACCGCUAGCCAUGACACGUCCGCUGGGCGCGGGCUCGCCGUCGCCGUGCCCACCCGUCACCGCGUCUCGGCGCCAUUUUAGGCCGGCGGCCGCGGGCAGAGAGAGCACUCGAGACUGCAGAAAUCAGUCAAUUACAGAAUUCUUCAAACCAGUUUUAAAGCAAGAUCUGGGCUGUAAAGACAGAACUGUGCUGUGCUCACCAGACAAAGGAAACGUAAAAGAUGGAGGAACUGGGAUGUCAGCUUUAUGUGCUGAGCGUUUUGAAAAGAAAGUAUCCUCUCCAAAGCAAGUCAGGAGGAAAAAGAUGCCAGUCCAAGCACCAAGCACGAGUCCUGGGCUAGAUGCCUUUCGAAGAGGAGUUAAGGGGAAAAGGGACAAGGUAACCUCCUUGGAGAACAGCAGAACRUGCAGGACAUUCACUUCAGUGUACCCUAAAGUCGUGAUUCAAAAACUCUUCAUAACUGCAGGGUCAUCCAGUUGUUCGUUGGCCCCAAAGGAUAAAACCGUCAAGCAAGAACAAGGAAGAAAUGAGAAGUGUCUGGGUGUAAUGAGGACACCACUGUCAUGUGGAAAUAGCUGGGAACAGACGACUGACCGUAUGGAUGUAGAAGAAACCAGUUCAGACUCUGACAGAUGGGUUUCAUCACUGGAAGCCGAUGCUAUAAAUACUCACUCUAGAAAUAAUGGGCAUGUGAGCAACACAGCUCUGUGCCAAAGUCCAGGGCAUUCUGUGAAAGUGCAGGGUGCUUCAGGUGAUCCCCAGUAUAGGCUAUCACUGGAAGCUCGCUGCAGAGAAAGGAAGCAGAAGCAUAGAAAGCAGCAAUCUAAGCCACAUGCAGCAAAGCCAUUCUCAGGAAUGAGUUUAUCACAUCAGGGAAAUGGAUAUCCCUUGAGAAAAAGAUCACAUUCUGCUUCAUGGGAGACUGCAGCAGAUGACCCAUCUCAAUCAAAACACGUUUCAAAGCCUGAGGCCUCUUCUCCAAAUCUACUGAGACUGUCACCUGAAAAAGGCACCGUUAUGUGGAAAAGCCAGUCUUUUCCAUCACUCUGCAUUAGUCCUAAGAUGCCUUCUAGGCCAUCCMAACAAAAAGACUCUCCUGGAAAAAGAAAACGCACCGCUGUCGGUUUGGAUGCAAACAGCUCAAAUCACUCUGUGGUAGCGAGCUUGAAUGACUCUAUUUUCAGUAGAUCCUCUGAACAAKGCAGAAAUAGGAAGUCUGACUUUGUAAAAACCGGCUUCUUAAAGUCUUUGUCUAAUGGUGUUGUGCAGCUGAUGGAGGCUGCUGCUCAACCCAGGCAUGAUUCUAUUCUUUCAGAGGAAUAUCUUGACUCAAGCCAUGAAAAUGAAAGAAAUAAUGCCUCUUUUGUAGGUUUGUCACCUUCGUACUCUGCACCCAGUCCUAUUAAAAAUAACCAYGUUUCUAUUGUGGAUACCAAAGAGAAUCAAUUGCAGGUGCCCCCCUCAUACUGUUUCUUGGAAAAGUCCCUUUCUCAGGAAAAAAGUACUGUGUUGCAUUCUCGCCACCACUUCGCACAAACAAACGCUGUAUUCACAGAGGACGCRAAUUGUCAACUUCAAAAUGCUGAUUUAUCUCAGGUUUUGGAUGCUGCAAAACGGCAAGAUAGAAAAAGACCAGAAAGGCCUGCACUUCCUAAAGCUGUUAGUACUGAACUCAGCAACAGUUUACCAAAAUCUAAAGGAAAAACAUCAGAAAAAAAAAUCAACCUGCAUUCAGUGGAAGAUGCUUGGAAACUUGCCGUUUCAGAAGAGAUUGGUGAAAUAGUUCCCUGUUCAUUACCCCUUAAGGAAGGGUGUGUAGAAGGUGGCCCCACGUCUUCACAGCUGUCAGAAGAGUUGCAAGUUGAAAAGGGCUGUCCUGAGGCAUCUAAACUGAAUAGCAAAUCAAAGAGCAGCAUUGACAGUGAGGAUGAGAGUUUGGAAUGUGAUCUCGAUGCAGAUGAUGAUGAUGAAGAUGAAGAAAUACUCUUGCCAUUGCAAGAAAUUUUGUCUUCAAGUCCCCAGCCAGAGCUGGGAACYCUCGAAGGAGACUGUCUUGAAAAUCUUUCCCAAGACACCAUGAGUCCAUCACUGAAGCUUCCUCUUUCUAAGCCUCCUGUUGUUAGCCAGGUGUCAUAUGUGAACAGCUUAGAGCACAUUUUGAAGGAGAAAGAAGAAUCUAAAAGGGUAGAUGAACUAGAAGAACGGUUACAGGAAGACAUACAGAAAACAGAAACAAAUUCUUCAGAUGGAGAUGAGGAAGAGGGGGAGGAUACSUUUGCUGAUGGAGAUCUCUCAGAAGAACACAGGGCAUUUAUACAGAGAUUUUCAAUAACAGCUCAYGCCAUACCUGACUACCACCCUGGAGAAGAAAUAUUUAACUUGGYAAUGUCUGGAAAAAUCUUCAAUCAACACAAUCUUGACUUGAGGAAUUUUUAUUUCAUACCUCAGAAUCCUAUAGAAAAGCUCCUCCUUAGYUCUGGUGCAGCCCAGCAGCUCUCGCUGGCUGUUAAUGGCUUUCUGAGUUCUGCUUACAGCCGUGUCAUGUGCCCCAUACCAAUUCUGAAGUGGCUUUUCCAGAUGAUGUCUGUUCAUCCUGACUAUUGUGUUUCCACACAGAUAUUAGACAAGUUGAUGGAAAUAACAGUAAAAAAUGCUUCCAUCAGUGAUGAACAGUCUAAGCCAUGGAUCCCUUCACUAGCUGAUGUGUCAGCWGUGUUUGUCAAUAUGGGUGUUGCGUUUAGAUCUCUCUUUCCAUUGCAGCAUCUUCAGCCCAACUUUAACGAGUGUGAUAUUUUAAGUCACGUGCAAGAAACAGUGAGCAAAAACCAGCUAGGAGGGGAUCUCGUCACUGCCAGACCAGCCUUCACUGCCGUCCCAGAAACCAACCUAAUUAAUGUGAUCAAGUUUCUAGGCUUUUGUAUAACAGUCUGUCAAGGCGGAUAUACUGAUCAAGAAAUAGUGCUGCUGCUUCUAUCACUAUUCAAAAUAAGCUUGGAGAAACAGUUAAAGCAAAUUCCUUUGAUAGAUUUUCAGUGCCUCUUCGUGAAGCUUCUGAAAAGUAUAAAAGACUGGGAUACAAAGAUGCCUGAGCUCUGCCUGGCACUGAAUGAACUCUCUAGUCAGCACCAUAAUCUCCUGUGGCUGGUCCAGCUGGUCCCGAGCUGGAUAAUACGUGGCAGGCAAGUAAGAAGACGACUUAGCCUGGUGAUAAUUUCAAAGCUUCUUAAUAAAAAGCAUGUAAGAAUACCCGACACCAGUGAUGAGCAGAUGUCUCUUCUGCGUCAGUACCUGGUGUGCAUGAAACCUUCUAGUCUGCUGAAGAGGACAAGAGAAAGAUUAGAGCAGCAGAACGAUGUCAACGGAGAGCACCUUCAUUCAGACCUGGAACAGCAGACUUACUACCUAAUCUACAUCCUGCUUCAUCUCGUCAGUGAAGCUAGUUUCUUUGACGUUGUAAAUUCUAAUCAAAGGCAACACUUACUGAAGCUUUGUGGUGCCUUAGAUAAGCACAUAAAAUGUGAUAUUAGGGAAGAUGUGAGGCUAUUUUAUCGAUCUAAGGUGAAAGACUUGGUUGCUAGGAUAUAUGGCAAAUGGCAAGACAUGAUCCAGAACACUCGGCCUACUCAGGGAAAACUGCAUGAUUUCUGGGAGCCAGAUUUGUGAAAGCUUGCCUAGUUCAGGGACAAUAGCAGGAAAAAAAAAUGAACAAGGAUCUUUCCUGAAGGCAAGGAAGAUUUAGAAUGAAUGGAGCUACACCUUGGUUGGAACAGAGAAAAUCAGAUGCCUGAUUAAACCUUGAGCUUGGUUUGAGAAAAUGCUAAAAACACRGCUACAUAUUUUGAUUGGAAAUGGAUUGAUUACCAACAUACUACUUAGGAAAAAAUGAAUGGGAUAUAGUGGGGGAAAGGAUCAUCCUUUUCUAUACCCAGACUGAAUUAACCAGUGUUUUUUUUUUUGCUUGUUYGUUUGUUUUGUUUUAUCAUAUWGAAAGCUGAGGGAAAAUUUCUCAUUUGGUUUCUUUUGUUAGUCACCAAUACAUAAGGUCUUCAGAAAGGUCUGUGUGGCUGCCUGUCUGCACCUGUAAGUAUUGGUUCAGUGUGACGAGGAAGGAGAACUGCCCCAUGAAAUGAAAUGUGAGUUCUCAGCAUUGGGGCUCCUGUUGCAAGCAGCUGAUCGUUCAGAACUGGCAGCAUAAUAAGGUUGCCUACCUGUGCUUAUCUGCAAAGCAGAAUUGGCAUCACUGUCCCCUGUCUGAAUAAUGAAAAAUGCCCCAGUGGUGUGUGAGCAGGUGACUCUCAUCUUGG